AUGUAUUGGGGAUCUAACGGAACUAUUAUAAGGAAGCUUAAAGGAAUUAAUUUAUCUAAUUCUAACGAAGGAUUAUGGUUUGUAAUCAAUUUAUGUGAAUCGAAAACCGCUGAUAUCUAUGGUGGUGCUAUUCCAUUUCAUAUGUCCAUUCGUUUUGAUGAAAGACAGAUUGUAUUUAAUGCGUAUAUCAAUGGUGCUUGGGGUCCAGAAGAGCGUGCAGCAAAUCCGAUGAAUAAAUAUGCAUCAUUAGAUGUUAGAAUUCGCACCCAUCAUGAUCAUUUCGAGAUUUCAUGUGAUCGAAGGCAAUUAACGACUUUCAGAUAUCGCUUGCCUCUUUCGAUGAUAAAUCGUCUUUAUAUUGAUGGUGGCCUUUAUCCAUACAACCUUGAAGGAUUCAGAGGCCGCUAUUAUAGGGUAAUUUGUAAUUCGAUGAUCGACAGCAAAUGGGGCGAAGAGGAAAGAAUUGAAGCGAUGCCAUUCUUGCGAUUUGUCGAUUUUGAAUUGAAAAUCAAAAAGGAAGAACAAGCAUUUGUGGUUUGA